AUGCUUGGAUAUGAGCAAAUUAACUCCAUAUGCAGUUUCAGAGAUGUGGUACAUGGCAAUACAAGAGUGGUACAUAGAGCUGAUAAUUCCCCAGAAAGUAGCAGUUUAGGCCAAGAAACUCGUCUUCUAAGCAAGAAUAAAGCAUCUCAUCAUGGCCCUUCAUCUUCAAGUUCGAGGUCUCUUGCUAGAUCAAACGGUGGUGGUAGCUCCACGUGUACUACUUCAUCAAGAGGAAUGCAGUUUCGUAAGCUAUCUGGAUGUUAUGAGUGUCACAUGAUAGUAGAUCCUAGCAGGUACCCUUUACCAAGGUCAACAAUAUGUGCAUGUCCUGAAUGUGGAGAAGUUUUUCCAAAAAUUGAGAGCUUAGAACAUCAUCAAGCAGUUAAACAUGCUGUGUCAGAGUUGGGUCCGGAAGAUUCAAGCCGUAACAUAGUGGAGAUAAUCUUCAAAUCAAGCUGGCUCAAGAAGGAUAAUCCAAUCUGUAAGAUCGAACGGAUAUUAAAAGUCCACAACACCAAACGUACGAUCCAACGGUUCGAGGACUGCAGGGACGCGGUGAAGAUACAUGCAGUCGCCACAGGGAAGAAAAACCCAAGAUGCGCCGCUGAUGGAAAUGAGCUCCUUAGAUUUUACUGCACGAGCCUUACAUGCACCCUCGGUGCACGUGACUCGUCCAGCUUGUGUGGCUCCGUACCCGGCUGUGGAGUUUGCACUACCAUACGCCACGGCUUCCAAGGAAACAAAACUAAUGGGGUCCGCACAACUGCUAGUAGUGGGCGGGCCCAUGAUUGUCUCGGUAGUGGUAUGGCCCGACGCAGGGCGAUGAUCGUGUGUCGGGUCAUUGCUGGCAGAGUCAAGCAGACCGCAAAAGAUGUGAGGGCUUCUCCCACGACAGAGGAGGAGAAUUGCUCUGGCUCUGGCUCUGGUUCUGGUUCUGGUUCUGGUUCUGGUUCUGGUUCGAGCUUGUCAGCUACUGACUCUAUCGUAUACGAUUCGGUAUCCGGACAUGCAGGGAUCUACUCAAAUCUCGAGGAAUUAUACGUAUUUAAUCCAAGGGCUAUACUUCCAUGCUUUGUCGUGAUAUACGAAGCAUUGGAAUCUUAAGCUUAAUGUUUUUUUUAUUUGUACUUGAGCUGUUUGUACGGUUGAGUUUUUUUUUUUCUUUUUUGUUGUAUCCUUAAAUUUAUGUAACUAAUUUCAAGUUAGUUAAAAAAUUGUAACACCCGUGAGGUAAUGCUGAUCCAACUAUGAUUUUUGUACA